CGACUACCGUCUGGCUCAAGUCGCAUAUAUAAAACUUCGCUUAGUAGCAAUUAUAUAUAGUCUUAUACUCAUAUUCUUAUUUUUAGAGGUGUUUGUUGUAUACCAGUUUUCUUUUUUCCCUUCUUCUUCCCGCCUCGCCGCCUCGUAACAAAAGAAAAGGAUCAACUGAGAAGAGGUCGAUACCUAUGGCGGGAAUUGCCGUGCUACGUCCACUUGCUAGAGCUCCGGCUAGACGCAUAGUCAGGACCUAUGCUACCGCGAUACCUGCGAAGGCUCACCACCGCGUGGUAGUCGUUGGAGGUGGUACUGCCGGUGUGACGAUUGCCGCGCAACUGCAACGGAAUCCCGAGUUUGAGAAGAAGGAUAUUGCCAUCUUGGACCCUGCGCAAACACAUCACUACCAGCCUGGAUGGACACUCGUCGGCACAGGUCUCAGAGACCUCAAUGACAUGAAAAGACACAUGUUCGAGGUGAUACCGGAAGGGGUAAAGCACUAUCCGUUGAAAGUCUCCACCUUCGAUCCGGAAAACAACACCAUCAAGACUGCGGAAGGCGUCGACGUGUCGUACGACUACCUCGUAGUGGCGCCCGGUCUGGAAACCAAUUUCGCAGGCGUCGCAGGUCUGGAACAGGCUCUGCAGGAUCCCGCGAGCCAGGUCUCGUCUACGUACUCGGAGAAGACGGUGGAGCAGGUAUGGAAGAACAUACGGGAUUUCAAAAAGGGGCAGGCGAUCUUCACCCAGCCUGCCGGCAUCAUCAAGUGUGCGGGCGGCCCGCAGAAGGUCAUGUGGAUGGCCCUCUCGCAGUGGAAGCGCGACGGUGUAAGAGAUAACAUUAACGCUACCUUUGCAACUGGUGCUGCUUCCAUGUUUGCUGUCCCGAAGUACUCGCAGGCUCUCGAAGACCUGCGUAAGGAGCGCAAGGUUGAGGGCCUCUUCCAACAUAAUCUUGUGAAAGUAGACCCGAAGACCAAAGUCGCAACUUUCAAAAACUUGGCAGAGGGUGCUAAGGGGGCUCUUGUGGAGAGGGAGUUUGGUUUCCUGCACGUUGUACCACCGCAGAAGCCGUGGGAUUGGGUCGCCAAAUCCAAGCUAGCCGAUGCAGCAGGCUGGGUCGACGUCGACAAGGCCACCACGCAGCACACCAAGUACAAGAACGUGUUCUCGCUCGGCGACGCCUCCAGCCUCCCCAACAGCAAGACCGCCGCCGCCAUCACCUCCCAGGCCCCCGUCCUCGUCGACAACCUGCUCGCCGUCAUGAAAGGCAGGGAGAUCAAGGGCGCGUACGACGGCUACGCGAGCUGCCCCCUGCUGACCGGCCACAACGAGCUCAUGCUCUGCGAGUUCAAGUAUGGUGGUGUGCCCAAGGAGACGUUUGCGAAUAUCCUGGGCGGCCAGGAGGCGCCGAGCCGGCUGUUCUAUCAUUUGAAGAAGGAUUUCUUCCCGUACGUUUACUGGAACGCUUUCGUCAAGGGCACAUGGUAUGGGCCGAGUGGGUUCUUCAGGCCCAAUACGACGGCGAGCUAGAUGGGUUUGAUUGCUAGGUAGGUAGGCUUGGAGUCACUAUAGCGAUGUAAGAUAGGUAACUUCGGGACUUGAUAGCAUCUAGAUUUGCCUCUAUGAUACCAAAAUAAAACGGAUGGGACAGGAUGCAUACAUAAGCUGUACAUGGUCUUUGGGGCUCCAACGGACACAUUCCUGAUUCUGCAUGUUAUUGUAUACCUAGCUGGCGUUUACGUGGUAUUGUCGGAAAAUAGGCAAGGCAGCUUGCUUUCAUAGCC